AUGCAGCUACUUCGAAGCGCUUGGCGCAAGUCGCGCAGUGUGCGGGCCAACGAAGGGCAUGAGGAGCUGCAAGAGGUGCUGCAGAAGAUGCGUGGGCUUGGUCUGCGCGGCGUCACACUCGAGCAGUUUCAAGAGUCACCAUUGGUGGCCAAACUUCGCUCGCCGAUGCAGUUUCACGGUCUGGGGAAUCUAAUCUACACCAACGCUGCUGACAACGAGCAAGAGGUGCAGAAGGCGCUGCAUGUGUGGAAAAUUGCAAUGGACCAGGGAAGUGACAAAGCCAAGUACAGCUACGCGCUGUGCUUGAAGAAAGGCACCGGUUUCCCUAAAAAGGACGUGACCGGUGCAACGAGGCUUUUUAAAGAGCUAGCUGCUGCAGGGCAUGGGUGGGGUGCGUUUGCGUACGCUGACGCCCUGUGUAGCGGUAAAGGCACGCGCAAGAACGAGAAGAAAGCUUUUGAGCUGUACAAACAGUGUGCUGAGGUGGGCAUCUUGCCGGCUUACAUGAACGUCUGCAAUAUGUACACUUACGGGACAGGGACAGAGAAGAACGAGGUGGAGGCUUUGAGGUGGUUAACAAAGGCAGCGGAAGCGGGCGAUCCGACUGCAAAAUCCCGAUUGGGUGAGUACUACCUGCACGGUACAGGCGGCGUGAACGAGGAUCGGGCCCGCGCUGUGCAAUACUGGAAAGAGGCAGCAGCUGCGGACAUCGUCAUGGCACAGUACAACUUGGGCCACCUAUUCCUUGCUGGCGAUGGCGUACCACAAGACUCGUUACAAGCGGAGGCUCUUUUCCGCGCAGCUGCCGAGAAAGGGUUUGUGAUGGCUAUGGUGAACCUCGCGCAGAUGUACCGCACUGGCUAUGGAAAGGUGCCUAAGGAUCUGGACACAGCGCGCAAGUGGUUAGAGCUGGCUGCGCCACAUGAUCCGAAUGCCAAAGAUCUGUUGAAGGCGAUGACAGAAUCGACUAUUGUCAAAACGUAA